AUGCAGAGCAUUGAGAAGCUGUCUAAACUGAUACGCGAGGUAGAGGAUCUGCUUGAGCAGAGGCAGUCGCAGGAGAAGACGGCGCUUUCUGGAGAGAAUAAGGUGGAGAUAGUUGCUGAUUUGGUCAAUAGUUUUUAUAGGUGGUUUGUGGCUGAGAAGAAGAGACAGGAAGAAAGGUUCCUGGAAUGCAAGAAGUCCCUGUGGAAUAGCAUAGUCCAAUUGGAGAAGAACAGUCUGAAGGAGGGCAAGGAGAAAGAAGCAACCAUAAAAAGGUUCAAAGAUGAGGUAAAGGAACUACAGGAGAGUGUUGAUGAGUUGACUAGGGACUUGGAGGAGAAUAAUACGGAUUUUGAGACACUGAGAGAGCUGGUUGACAACGUAACAAGUGAGAAUGAGGCCAUUAAACGGGAAAAUGAACAAAUUAAGGCCAAAAAUAGCAAACUCGAGGGUGAAAUAGGCGGAAUUGAGGAAAAGGUGGUGAAUUUGAAGCAACUUCUGAAGGAGGGGUCUAAGAAGAACCUGGAUGAGAUCAUGAUUAAGAUGAAGGAGAGAGAUAAAGAGAAGGAAGAGCUGACUGAGGAAGUGAAGAUGAUCAAAGAAGCAUUGGGGUGCAUGGAAGAGAAGGCGGAUGAGUUGGAGCAACUUUUGGAAGAAGCACAGGGACAUGCGUAUGAAAUGGAAAAAGAAAACAAGAAAAUAACCCAGGAGAAUUCUGAUAAUAAAAAUAAGGCAGAAAAACUAAUAGAAGAAAAUGAGAAGAUUGGAUCGGUUGUGAAGCACUUGGAAGAGAAGUUGGAGAGGGUUAAGAAGCAAAUCAACAGCAAAGAAGUUGAGAACAAGGAGCUAUCAAAAGCAAACAAGGAAUUGAUCAAGACCAAAGAUGAGUUGAUUGAUAAGCAGAAAGCCAGUAUCACGAAUGAUGAGAAGACUGAAGCACUGAUUGAGUCGUAUAGGAAUCAAAUAGCCAGGUUGAAGACGAGUCAGGAAAUACGUGAAAACGAAUCCAGUCAGGAAAUAUGCAGCUUGAAAGAGAACCUGACCAAAAAGCAGGGUGAAAUAGUUGCAUUAAAAGAAAAAGAGCUCAGGAACAAUUUCAAUACAAAACUAGGUGAAUUAGAAAAAAGACUGAAUGAGAACAAAAAGAGUAUUCAAGAGAAGGACCUGGAGAUAUCAGAGCAGAAGAAACUGAUUGAAAGCAAGAGAGCAGAGAAUCAUAGACACAACAAGGUGACCAAUGCGUACAAACAGGAAAUAGAAAGACUGAAGGAUGAGAUGGAAAAAAUGAGAAGAAGCACCGUGGCACCGCUGGAGAAGGAGAAAGGUGAACAGAUGCGAGAAAUAGACAACUUGAAUGAGCAGAUUGUCAGGUUGGUUAAGGAAUUGGAACGAUUGAAGAAUGAGAGUGUUGAAAUACGAAACAAAUCACUGGAUAAUUUGAGUAACUUACAGAAAUUGGCUAAAGAGAAAGAGGACGAGUUGAAUGAGAAGAUUCUUAGACUGGAGAAAGAGACACAUGAGGUUGAGCAGUAUCAGAAGAAGACAGCAACGUAUCAGAAACAGGUUGAAGACCUCCGUAGAGAAAACAGGGCACUACAUGCAGCAAAUAGGCAAAACAGCCUAAUGAGUCGUGAAACAGAGACAGAUGAACAAACAUCCACUUCAACCAAAAACAUGAAAUACGCCCAUCUGUUCAAGAAUGAGGAGAUAUUCCCCGCUGAUGUCACAAUAUACCAGGAAACACUCUCCAAAAUACAGCAGUCUCUGAAUGAUGGGACACUUGAAUGUGAUCACAGAUUCAUGAGGAUGAUUGAUAAAACAAUCAAGCGCCUUGAAAUCUACGAUGAUCCAGCUCUCUGCAAACUGGCUGUUCAAUUCACUCUCUGUCGCCGAUACGUUGAGGAUGUGAUACACGCUAAGGAGCUGCUUGCUGAAAUGGAACAAGGAAACCAGAGCAACUUACCAGAAUGA